AUGCAUAAUUUCAGUAUAAGCAAUCGCAAUAAUACAGAUUUUACUUUUCCUUCUUCCUCUCUCUCUCUAUCCACCUUCCGCCACCGCCACCACCGCCACCGCCACCAACGCACAACACCUCCUUUUCCGUUCCUUUUUAUCGCCCAACUCCUCCCACAUUGUAUACAUUCUCCCCCGCAUAUCUCUCAUCGAUCCCAAUCUCAAAACCCUAAUCAAUUUCGUCUUUUUAUAUCUGCCCUGCCCGUUACUGCGUUCUCAGUCCUCUCCCCGCCGAUCCGUUUUCCGGAACCAACGGCGGCCCUACACCGUGGGAGGAAAUCAGGAUUUAUUAGUUACCAUUUGAAAUCGAAAACCAUGGCCGCGGUUUCAGUUCAUCAGUUUGCUCAAUGCAUCACUUGCCAUGCUUGGAGCCCAGAUCAUUCGAUGAUAGCCUUUUGUCCCAAUAACAAUGAAGUGCAUAUCUAUCAGCUUUUGGGAGGAAAGUGGGAGAAGAUCCACGUUCUUCAAAAGCAUGAUCAAAUUGUUUCUGGAAUAGAUUGGGGCGUAGGUUUGAACAGAAUAGUUUCUGUUGCUCAUGAUCGGAAUUCAUAUGUGUGGUCACUAGAAGCGUCAGAGUGGGUGCCAACCCUUGUUAUCCUCAGACUGAAUCGUGCCGCACUUUGUGUACAAUGGAGCCCGAAAGAAAACAAGUUUGCUGUGGGAAGUGGGGCUAAAACUGUUUGUAUAUGCUACUAUGAGCAAGAGAACAACUGGUGGGUAAGCAAAAUUAUUAGAAAGCGGCAUGAUUCUUCCGUGACAAGUGUUGCCUGGCAUCCUAAUAAUAUAUUGCUUGCAACCACAUCAACCGAUGGAAAGUGCCGAGUAUUCUCUACUUUCAUCAAAGGUGUAGACACGAAGAACUCUACAGGUUCUUCUGAUUCAAAAUUUGGAGAGCAAAUCAUGCAGCUUGAUCUCUCAUUUAGUUGGACAUUUGGCAUUACGUGGUCCCCACAUGGCAAUACCUUAGCCUAUGUAGGUCACAACUCAAUGAUAUACUUUGUUGAUGACGUUGGCCCUUCUCCAUCUGCUCAGAGUUUAACCUUCCGGGAUUUGCCUCUACGAGAUGUUCUGUUCGUUUCUGAAAGAAUGCUCAUUGGAGUGGGAUUUGAUUGCAAUCCCAUGGUAUUUGUAGCAGAUGAAAGGGGAUUAUGGAGCUUCUUGAGGUUUCUUGAUGACCGUGAACAAACUCCAGGUGCAAAAUAUGGCUUGCAGCGUUCUGGAACAUUUGGAAAGUUUUACAGUCAGUCGAAAACCGGAAGCAAUGACGAGAGUAGUGAAAACUCAAGAAAACACGACAACUGUAUUACUUCUAUCGUGGCCCUCAAGGAUUCGGGAGAUACUACAAUCACCAGCUUCAGCACCUCAGGAUUGGAUGGCAAGAUAAUCAUAUGGGAUUUGCAGAGGGAACAAGAUCUAGUGGAGUACUUGUAA